ACCUUAUUUAGCUUAAUGGUAACAUUCUUUGUUGACCGAUUGCCUUUUUUCUUGCUUUACCAAGUGCUACAGAAGGCAAGGCCAAGUCCAUGAUUGCUGCUAGUGAUGGAAAAAGCAAAGAGGCUGUUGAAGAAGCUAGCUCUAAGUUUAGUGAAAGUAGCGAUAAUGAAUCCAUCGACAGUGAUGAGUCAUUCGAGAGUGAUGCUUCAAAGAAUCUUGUUCUCAGCAAAGACAAGAUGGAUAUCGAUGAGCUAGCCAUGAGUGCAGCAAAAAAGGUUGCCGGUUACAACAAAGUUGUGUGUAGUGGUAAGCCACCCUUGGUUCUAGCCAAUAGGGCCAAGAAAGUGAUGAUUGAAGAUGCCUUUGCAAACCUUUGUGUGGUCAUGCGACAUAUGGAGGUAGCCUUUUUCGUCAAAAUGAAUGAGGACUUCUUUUAUUUAUGCAAGGAUGCCAUCGAUGAUGCCAAAAGCAUAAACCUCAAAGUUGGCACCAUUCCAACACGCCUGUUAGAUCUGAUGAAAGCGUAUCUUGGCAAAGGCAAAUUCGACAUGUUUGGUAACUUGGAUGAUCGAAUUGAGGAAUCUGGUUUUGGGGAGAAGGGAAGGUGGCCACCAAACUUCCUCUUAAAGGGAGGCAACACUGAUUUAGUUGCAUUAUCAGGUGCUCAAACAGUUGGGCGUGCUCAUUGCUUCACAUUCUCGCAAAGACUAGCAAAUAAUGAUACCACCCUGGACAAGACUUAUGUAGCGAAACUACAAGCAUUGUGUGAUGGUAACGGGACCGUCCUGGUAGAUCUUGAUCCCACCACACCCAACAUGUUUGACAAUGCCUACUUCUCCAACCUUCACCAGCAAAAGGAUCUACUUCAAACUGAUCAAGAGCUCUUCUUGAAGGAUGCGAAUACUGUUGAUGACCAGAACCCAGGGCUUGGGUUCGAUGGAACCCAGGCGCGGCUCGAACCCAGCACGCCUGGGUUCGAUGGAACCCAGGCACGGGUUCCUCGAACCCAGCACGCCUGGUUCGAAGGAACCCAGCACGCCUGGUUCGAAGGAACCCAGCACGCCUGGUUCGAAGGAACCCAGCACGCCUGGGUUCGAAGGAACCCAGGCGUGUGUGCUCUGUACUCUCUUAUCUCUCUCUCCGCCUCUGAUCGAUUGAUAUUUGUGUUUGGUCAAUCUGGCGCUGGUAACAACUGGGCUAAGGGCCAUUACACUGAGGGAGCUGAGCUCAUUGAUGCUGUUCUUGAUGUUGUGAGAAAGGAGGCAGAGAACUGUGAUUUGUCCCAGGCGCUGGUGCUGGGUUCCUUUGAACCCAAUAGGGAGGGGAAGGAGAAAAGGAAAGAGAAGGAGAAAAAAAAAAUUUCUUUAUUUAUUAAAUUAUAUUUUUGGUGCCAAGUCACAAUAUUUUGAAGUUCGAAGUAAAUUUAGUUGAAAAAU